ACACAAAAUUAAUUAAAUAAUACUAGUAUAUUUGAAGGUACGAAUAAUAAUGAAUAAAUAGGAAAAAUUGGGUGUAGAAAAUAGAUACAGUAUAUAAGAAAAGGAGAUAAUAGAAAAGAAGAAAGGGGAAAUGUGGAGUGUCAUAACCAACGAACCAUUCUGCAAAUAUGAUCUCAGCUGCAUUUCUCUCUGAAAAAACCACCCAUCUCCCUUCCUAAUUCCAUCAAAUCCAAUUCUCUAUUCUUCGAGAGAUGUAUAAGAACCAGCUCCAGGAGCUAGCGCAGAGGAGCUGCUUCAAUCUGCCCUCCUACACCUGCAUCAGAGAGGGUCCCGACCACGCGCCGCGCUUCAAGGCUAUCGUCAACUUCAACGGCGACAACUUCGAGAGCCCCAACUACUGCUCCACCCUCCGCCAGGCCGAGCACUCCGCUGCCGAGGCCGCCCUCGCCUCCCUCUCCUCCCGCGGCCCCUCCCAUUCCCUCGCCGCCCGCAUCCUCGAUGAGACGGGGGUUUAUAAGAACCUGCUGCAGGAGAUUGCACAGAGAGUGGGAUCUCCAUUGCCACAGUACACAACUUUCAGGUCCGGUUUAGGGCACCUGCCCGUGUUCACUGGAACUGUGGAGCUGGCCGGAAUCAUAUUCACCGGAGAGCCUGCAAAGAGCAAGAAGCAAGCUGAAAAGAAUGCUGCACUGGCAGCUUGGCUGUCGCUCAAACUAUUGGCACAGCAAGAAGCGAGCUCUCCGUCUGAGCACGAAUGCAGCGACGAGCAGGAACAGAUACGGAUAGCAAGGGCAUUACAGAACUACCGUUUGAAGGAGAAGUUGAUGAUGCCCAACCUACACAAUGCCUCCAUACCAUUCCAAAAGAAAUUCUUGGCUCCAACCCCUCGUCCCUCGAGACCACAGCGUCCCACCGUGCCAACAUCCAAAAUCCUCCCCUUCUUCUGCCAGAGAAGUGCUUCACAAACUAGACCACCAUCUCCGGUAAACAGCAGCCAUAGCACCACCUUACCACAACUGCAGCCAUCACCAGAAAUUAGGACAGCGCCACACGUUUUUCAGAGGUUUCCUGCUGUCGAGGCAGCUCCUUACGUUCCGUUCAGAUCAUGUAGGUCGCCAUACCAAGGCAUUGCUCCACCUGUAACAAUACGAACUGCAGUGCCUGUUUUCUCAUCACCACCACCCCCUCAAGCCAUGCAACCUCGGCCUGCACGACUUGCUCCACCAGUAUGCAUCAGGCAGGCCGCUACAACCUGUUCAUCGCCAUUACAGACAGCACCUGCAGCUGAGGCCGAGGUAAUUGGAACCUGCGAUGUAGAUGAGUCCACAGCCGUCAGGUGUCUGGAGCAGCUUGAGAUAUGAUAAUGGCGCACAAAGAUAUUCUGUUCCGCGUCUUCAUGGUGUAAGUGGUAAUUUUCUUUUCUGAUCUCUGUAUUCAAGAUAUUCUGUACUGUUGUUACUGGCAGCGGUGGGCAGCUCCACAUUUAGCUUGUUCAAGUUUAAGAACUAUAUAUUAGAAAGCCUGGUUUUUGUAGCAUAUGUAUUAUAUAUAUAUAUAUAUUAUAUAUCAUCACAGUUUAUGAUUAAUAGCAAGAACUAUCCUCUUUUUUCUGGUGGGAA